AUAAAAAAAAAAUGGCAGGGACACCACCGGUAUCGUCUUUCUCUCCAUUCCUUCGUUAUAUUCCAAACUCUAGAUCUUCCACCCUCACAUUGAUUCGAUCCUCCUCUUCUCCGGUAACAUCGCCGGUGUCCAUGGAUACUCCCCGGGAAACUAGAAAAGUCGUGGUUUGUGGUGGUGGAGUGAUCGGAGUCUGCACGGCUUACUUCUUAGCCAAGAACGGGGCGGCAGUUACUCUCGUCGAGAAAUCUGCCAUCGCAUGCGCCGCCUCGGGCAAGGCCGGCGGCUUCCUCGCCUUUGAUUGGUGCGAUGGUGGACCUAUAUCCGCCCUCGCUCGCGCCAGCUUUAAUCUCCACCGCUCGCUCUCACAGGAGCUCGAUGGCCCUAAAUCGUACGGCUAUAGAGCCCUAACCACUCUCAGCCUUACGAUUUCGGAAUCGCAGAAACCUUCCACUCCCUCUAACUCCUCCUCCAAAUCCACCGGCAAUUCCGUCGUGCCUUCCUGGGUCGACGGUCCAGUUCAGAAUACGAGAACGAUCGGAAACACCGAAACAACAGCACAAGUUCACCCACAGCUCUUCACUCGUACCCUUCUAUCCAAUGCAAUGGAAAAGUACGGCGUGGAGGUUGUGAUCGGGAAAUUGGAGAAGCUAACGUUGGAGGGUGGCAGAUUUCAAUCGGUGGUGCUGGAGGACGGCCGAGUUAUUAACGCCGAUGCGGUUGUUCUUGCUUUGGGACCAUGGUCGGGGAAGUUCGAAGCGCUAUCAUCACUAUUCAGAGUGUAUGGCCUGAAAGCACACAGUAUAGUUUUGGAACCUAAGGAGCCGGAAGCCAUAACUCCACAUGCUCUGUUUCUAGGUUACUAUCCGGCUCAGGGUGGAAGGCCUAUAGACCCAGAAAUGUAUCCUCGUCCUACAGGGGAGGUGUAUUUGUGCGGGAUGUCAGCGGUGGCAGAAGUGCCGGAGAAUCCAGAGGAGAUAACGCCCAAUCCAGAAUCGAUAAGCGUUCUAAAGAGAGUGGCAAAGACUGUGUCAAGUCGAUUGGGGGAAGAAGAGGCGGAAUUGAAGGCGGAGCAGGCUUGCUUCUUGCCGUGUACGGAUGACGAUUUGCCGGUGAUCGGGAAGCUUCCGGGGGUGAGUGAGUGUUAUGUGGCGACUGGACACAGCUGUUGGGGAAUUUUGAAUGGGCCUGCUACUGGUGCAGCCAUGGCUGAGCUUAUUUUGGAUGGAGAAUCCGUAAUUGUUGAUCUCAACCGGUUUAGCCCCGCCAGGUUCGUCGGACGAGAAAGAAACCGUUGAUAAAUUUAUAAGGGGGGAAGCGGUUUGGUUUCUGAAGUUGGUGGCGGAUGGAUAAAUAUUUGUGAAGCUUUUAGAUUUUUCCUUUUUAGUCUCAUAAAAUGAACAUUUUAAUAUAGUGUAUGAAUCACUUAUUUUUCCUUAUGUGAAUUACUUCCAUACAAAAAUAGUGUUGUUUUGCAAUGUAAAUCCAAAAUUACUUAUCACUAAGAAAACUUGAAACUACUUUGAAGUGA